UUUACGCGCGUCCAGGACUCGGAAAAGUGAUUUUAUGGUGGAUUAUAUCAUAUGCACCGAACAUGGAGAUUAUACGCAGUAUUUUGUUGAUUCAAACAUGUUUUGUUGUUAGUUGCCUCUGCAAUUCGACAACAAGUCCACUUUGCAGGGAGAUGAAACCGUGCACGAUUGACUCAGGGAAGAGUGGAAUGUGUCUCCAUGGCACCUGCUAUACUCACGUAGACCCUGAAACAAGGCACUUGUCAAUACUGGUAACAGCGCAAUAUCCGGCUAAUACACUUCAGGCUCACGGUGGACGAAGCUUGUAUAUGCGAGGUAAUGGACUUGGCUUAUCGUGGAACAAGGGCAUUGAAAUGGGAAGGUCUUCCAAAGAUACUUGGUCCAUGCGGUUUAACUACAAGUCUACGCCAAAGGGUUUUCAAUGCGAACCUUGUUAUGGCGACGCUGUGCUGCCCAAUAAGCUCCUGCAGUUUCGUAUCCUUGUAGAUGACCAUAAUGACAUGAUGGGUGCCAAUUUUGCCCUCAAGUUACCUGUAUCAGCAGCUUCAGCGUAUUUCAAAUCAAAACCUGAGUUUGUGUUUCAUCCUUGGUUUUACACUAACUCCGGCAGUCUAAGCAAUUUGACUGUGGCCUCACAAUAUAUAGGAGGUCGAAGAGAUGUUGCUGUGUGGCGUCCGCCAAGCUUUUUGGAGAAUCCUUUCAAAUCAUAUCCUGUUGUCAUUGUUUUUGACGUUGGCCCUAAUGAAGCUGAAUCAUUUAAAUAUAUAUUUGAUGAAUUGGUGUAUCCAACGCAAGUAUCCCAAGAAGCCAUCGUAGUUGCCUUUGGUGACUACAAGAUUCAAAACAGGCACACCUUAAUGACACCAUCGAUGUCAGUUGACUAUGAGUGUAUUAAUGGCACAUUCGAAGACAUGUGUGGGUUUUGCUUGCCGGACUUUAGUACUUUAAAUGCAACUCAUUUUCUACAACUUAUGAUCAAUAAGUGUGGUAAAAGAACCACAGUCGGUGGCCUAGGUGAACAGACGCUCGACUUUCUUAUUAACGAAGCUAUGCCAGAAGCCAACAGGUCGUCUUCUGGAAGAAUCCAGCCCGGUAGAUAUGGCAUCCUCGGCUACUCCCUUGGCGGUCUCAUGUCAUGUCAUGCAGCUUGGACACGAUCUGCUGUAUUCUCCUUCGCGGCAUGCAUGUCGCCUUCUUUUUGGUGGCCACUGAACAAUGAGACAAAUAACCUAUGUGAUUUUGAUUUCAAUAACAAAACUUUGAAGAACCCGGCAUACGCUGUAAAUCGACCAUCCCAAAGAAUCUUCAUCGAUGCCGGAGGCUUAGAGAAUGACAAUCCGUAUAAUUUGACACAGGCCGCAAUCGACGCGGCCCAUGCAAUAUCCUCGCAUGAGAAUUAUAAGCUGGAUGAAAAUGUCUGGAUCGAAAUCUCGCCAUUGGAGAAGCAUAACAACCUUCAGAGCCUAAGGAGAAUGCAAAAUGCAUUUAGUGUACUACUACCAAUAGAAGGGGAGGCAGCCAUGCCUAGUCAACUAUACCCUAUCGUUCCUGACUUAGUUGGAUAGUAGCUUUGUUAUAUUUAAAUCUUUAAAAUAUUGGCUAGCAAUGAAAGGUUAUUGAAAAUUUGAUAAAAUUGAGAGUACAUGUGAAAGGCUUGUAUAAAGAAAACUAAAUCAUAUGGAUAAACAACUUUUUAAAUAUAAUUAAACAGUCAUUGCAAAGUGCGUAAAAGUCGACGUAUAUUGUUUUAAAGUAGAGGUAGAGUGAUCACGAAAUCGUCGUUUGUCUUAAAAUGUUCAUAAAGUCGUCGUAAAGUGUUUAAAUAGACGUCUUAAUGUUUUCGAAAAGUGUUAAAAGAGUAGUAGUUUAGGUUGUCAUAUAGUGUUCAAAAUUUAGUCGUACGAUGUUUAAAAAAAGCACAAAAUGUCAUCGUAAAGUCCUCGUAAAGUGCUCAAAAAAUAGACCUUGGGUGUUCAAAAGAUUGUCGUUGAUUUUGCAAAUAUCCGUUAUAGAGCUGUCAGAAGUUUGCAUAGCGUAUUUAAAAGGGCAUCGGAGAGUGCAUCUUAGAACUGCAAAUCCAUACAUCUUACAGUUGUAUAAAUUGCGCGCAUAAAAUAUCGACCAUUGUUAAAAGUAUCAUAGAGUUUUGUAAAAAUGUAUCUCUAUUUUGUUAUUAAUAAUAGUAUAAACAACCAAUAAUGUCCCUUCAAACUUUCUAUUAUGUGAAUAUCACUGUGAAACAAAAGAAUCGAAUGAUCCAAGUGGCUAAUUCUGUCAUGUUUUAUAUUGAUGGUUACACUGGCUUGUAUAUUUACUCAUUGUCUACCAAGUACUUCUGUGUAUUUAAAUGAUUGUAUGUUUUGUUUCUAUAGAGCUAACACUAAAGGCCAGUUAUAGCAGAUGCUGUACAUUUCAAGAAUGUCUUAAUGUUGUAUCCGUACUUACAAUUGUCAUAUAAAAAGACUGAAUGUCUACGGUUCAUAUAGUUCAUCCAAUAAGGAUAUGUUUACAAAUAAGUGCUAUAGCAAUAGUUUCGUGGUUUCCUUCUUUAGAACUAGCUCUGUUGCUCCGGCUUGAUUUUUUCGUUUAUGGUCACAUUCGGUCGUUGAAAACUUGAAUAUAGUCAGUUUAUUUGUAUUUAUUUGCUUUAACCGUCAUUGUUUUUACGUGUAUGCGUACUCAGAUGGGGCACAUUAUUCAAUUUAAUUUAGUUACUAUUGAUUAUGAUGGAUCAAGUGUACAGUUUUGUCCAUGGUAGCUAUUUUAAUCCUCAAGUAGACUAGGGUUUCAUUGAAUUCAUGUUUAACUAACCGUUCCAAGGAGGUAAUCCUACCAUUAAAUGGUAAAGCAAUUUUGAUGAGGGUAUAAUUGGUUUGCGGUGUUUGAUUUUGUAAAUGUGGUUAAGUUCGUUUUUGGUGUUUGUAUUUUUGUGUGCGGUGUUCAUAUAGUAUGUUCCUAGUGCGUUGUCGAUAGGUUCCUUGCAUUGUGCCCAGGGUUUAUAUUUGAAUGUUCGAUUACUUAGCACAUCCCUGCAGUUUUCAUUGUAUUAUUAAGCUAGUAUGUGUGCUCAUAACCUGACACUUGUCCAAAUGUCUAUCAAUUAGAAAAUUAUAAAAUAUAAAGCUCAUCGAAGUUUAACAUUAAAUUAUGUGUUGUUUAUGAUAUUUUAGUGUAAGAACGUUUUAUAUUUCACCGAAUAAGCACCAAAAGCAUUAUUUCAAGAGUGGUAUAGACUCGAAUGAAAUUAUUACUUUUUUGUUCACGGGUUAAAGUAUAUUGGAAUGUUACAGACAAACAAACCAUUUUGAAAAGUUGAUUUGAAUAAAUCACAAGUAGUAAUGAAUAUGUUAUCCAGUAAUCUCCAUUGUAGACAUUUAAGAUUCUUGAUUUUUAUUAUCAUGUUAGCCAUGUAAAAUUUAAAAACAC